GCUUCAUCUCCCGGUCUCUAAACUCUCAAUCAGGGCUCUAUUUCAAAUUGAAAAAGCACCAUCGCCUUGAACUCUUUCCUGGUUGGUAAGAAGAGACUACUUGACAAGCUAAGGAAAUCAAAUAAAAGAGAGAGGCUUUCGAAGAGUAGCCUUUUUGGCUUUACUUUGACUCUAUCUCGCUAAAAAAGACAAAAGGAAGGUGACAGUUCUAGAAUUGGGAAAGGACCCAUGUUUGUAAGUAUCGAGGUCUUUCUUGUCUCACACAAGAAGACAGAAGCUUUCUUUCUAUAAGAGAUUCUCAGUCUAGUUCGCUACAAGGCAUACUAGCAAAGCAAGGAAGCUAUCAAUAGAACUAUAAGGAUUUGGUUCUUCACAAUUGCCUGAGGAGAAAGUUCACUUUAUCACAGUCUGAUACUAUGAUGGGAAAAGAAGGACUCAAGCACUAGCCUAGAUGAAAGGGGAGUUGGUUAAAGACGGAGAGGAGGGCAAGCACAUAAGCAGUCACGCUAGCACGCAAGAUUAUCCCAUCCUCGCUCAUAUCUUCUCUGGGCACCUCCCUUCGAUAUGUCCGGCUGUCGUCCCUCCUCCCAUUUACAAGUGUGCCUCAGACUUGUGCUAUACACUGGCUGGUAGCUCACUCUGUCUUUGUAAGAUCUUACGCUUUUCGGGGUGGCUAGACCGUCCGAAUCCCGGGUCUACUCUUGGGCGCGGUAGGAUUCUGGAUCCUAUUGCUGAAAGUGAGAGAUCAAACCCUUUUCGAGAGGUCGCUUAUCCUCUCGCUUUCUCUAUCAUCAGGUAUUUCACUCGUUCGAGCAUUGUACCCUUUUUCCUCUACUUAGCAGUAGAGCGACUCCGUUUCUUCAGAAUGGAAGCUCAAGAGAGUCUUGAAGCAAUUUAUUAUAGCUGAUUAGCUCAGUAAACUAGCUUACAAGUGCUUAUAGUAGCUGAUCUGGCACUCUCUUUGAAUGCAACAAAGCCAGGAUAUCAGG